AUGACUACUCCUGCAUGGUUACACCUAUUUCCCCAGCAUCCACUUGAUAAUUUGGUGAGUUUUGUGUCUGACCAUUCACCAUUAAUGUUAACAUUUUCUGCUCAGAAUCUAUCAUCAUCCCCUGCUCGUUUUCAAUUUGAAAAUGUAUGGUUAAAGGAUCUAGAACUUAUUGAUUUGGUUACUGCUAAUUGGCGAUCUACAAGUGCACAGUUGUUAGAUCAUCUUCGUUUCUAUUCUGAUAUUAUGGCUAGGUGGGGUGGAGAUUUUCUGAGUCAAUUUAAACGCAGGAUACAAUGGCUUAAAAAUGAGUUGUCUCAUGCUAGAUCACCAGACAAUAUUCACACUGUCUCUUAUUAUUCUUCCUUACAUUCAGAGUUGAAUGAUUUGCUAUUAAAGGAAGAAGUGUUUUGGAAGCAGCGGGACUAUGAUCGUGUGGUUCAAUGUGUACCGACUCGAGUUACAGCAGAAGUUAACCAAUCAUUGUUGGAUCCAUAUUUUAUGGCCGAUUAA